CGUUAUCGUGCAUAAAAAAUAAUCCGUACAAACGCUUUAAGCUAAUGGAUUUUCUUAUAGAUCAGAUGGCAGCGUCUCAGAGGCGCGCAUAAGCAAUAACAGCAUUUGCCACAACACAUAUACGCAUUUUUCUCCGAAGUGUACAAAAAGCUGCAGAACGUAAGAACGUCUGAUGAAAUAAGGAUAAAAGCAGAAUACUCAGAUGCCCAACUUUCUGAUGUAAUGUUGUCAUUGUGAGUUCGAUGAAAGCUAUAAUGCAAAGGGUAAUAGUUUGGGACACAGCCACGUCAAAUUAGCAUCGAAAGCCGCUACAACCACGGCAACGCGAGUGACACUAUGAAAGUUGUACAUUGCUGUAUUUCAACAUCAAAAUGAAAUCAGACUUCUCGCUGCGUACGCUAGAAUCCUCGCGGAGUUGGUAGUAUUAUUUAUGUUGAAUGAAAAUUUCUGCACAAACUAUUCCAAGCAGAGGAGCCUUCAAAGCAUACAAGUUGCAAGGGCGGUAUUAAAUUUACGGUCAGCGAGUUUCCAGGGAGUUUCGACCGUGAUGCAUAGAUAGACAUGCCCAAGUCGUUCUUGAUAAAGAAAACAUCAUAUAGAGCAAAACAAAAGCUCGACUAUAUGUUGGACGACAAUGUGCAAAGAACCACAGACGUUAAACACACGAAAUACCUCGAAGGUGAAAGAGUACACGAUACGUUUAACGAUGAAAAUUCAACCAGCAAGACUCCUCAAGAAGAAUUGGAUUUCGACCUGGACGUAAACACGAGAAGGAAUGAAGAAAGCAAAUGCAGAAUGUCAAAAACCAUUAAGAGAGUUUCAAGUGAAGUUCAGGAAAAACGUCCUGUUCAUAGUGGAUCGAAUUUCAACGCAGAUCUUACUUGGAGAGACAGUUGCCAGCAUCAAGAUAACGUUGACUUAAUAAACACAGAUCAAGUGGUUCGUCUGCAAUCACAAGUAAAGGAUACGAGAAAAAUUGCAUAUCAAAAUAAUAUGAUUACAAUGUGCGAUAUGGAAAUUUCUAGUCUUUGUAAAAAUUUGAGCUCAAAACAGACAACUGAUGUAAUAAUGACAGAAUGCAAUGGAGAAACAGUUCGAGAAGAGACAAAAACCAGAGGAUCAUCUAACCAAACGUUCAAAUGCACAAUCUGCAAGCGGACUUACGCAACGUCUUCUAAUCUCUCACGACACAAGCAAACACAUCGUAGUCUUGACAGCAAGCAAGCAAAAGCAUGCCCGCACUGUGGGAAACGUUAUGUUUCCAUGCCAGCCUUAGCAAUGCACGUUUUAACGCACAAACGUUCUCACGCGUGUAAGAUAUGUGGAAAACGUUUUAGUCGUCCGUGGUUAUUACAAGGUCAUUUACGCUCUCACACUGGGGAACGGCCUUUUCAUUGUUCACAAUGCAACAAGUCCUUUGCAGACAGGUCCAACUUGCGGGCUCAUGAGCAAACACAUUCGCCUCUCAAGCAGUAUCAAUGUGAGCGAUGUAAUCGUUCCUUCGCCUUAAAAUCGUACCUUACGAAGCACAGCGAAGGCAUGUGUUUUGCAGUAAGUAAUUCAUAAAUUCAGCGCUUCCCAGGAUGCAAUGGGUUAACUAUAUACAUAUGGGAUGGCAACAUCGAUGUACUACUAAAUGGUGCAUAAUGAAUAAAACAGUA